AUGCAUGCUUGCGGCAUCCUGUGCUCGUGUGAAUAUCCGACAUCCAUCGAAUUCAUCGCCAUUAUGCCAAACAUAUCAAACAUACCGCAAUACAGUAAACUGCAGCAACUGUGCUCUUGCCGCGUCAAAGUUUACGCGCAUCAAAAGAAAAAACUGAAGGAUAAUUGCAAGAGGAAGAGGCAGCUCUUUGUAUACAAUCCGGAGGAAGAGAUCUGGCACGAGCCCUAUAUGCAGGCCCUUCGUCGCGAGUUUUCGGACGAGUCUGUGCUGUGUGACUCCAAGAUCGAAUUACCUUGGAGGGACAUCGCCCUGCCGGUGACAGGCAUGAGAAUUCGGCCCGAUGUCACCCUAAUACAUACUAUAGCCGAUCAGGAAGCGGAAGAGGCUGAAGUAAAGUUCGUCGCAACCGAGAAGAAGGAAUCCAAGGAUUCCACCAUGAUACUACCAUGGCAAGAUCUGCUCAUCACGGAGCCCCUGCAGACCGCUGCGAUGGUUGCGGAGGCGGAAGCCUGCGACUCCUCGGUGGAAAUACCGUGGGAUGAUUUGGCCUUGGAGAAACCAAUACGGAUACGACCGCUGAAGAUCAAGACUUGCGCGCCCGAUGACGUGGAGAUCCCAUGGGAUGAGAUUCUGGUGCCUCAAAAUAUCAUCAUCGAGCCUGAGAAGAAGAGGAGGCAUCCUUCGUCCAGGCAGCCGCCUCGCACGCGUGCUAAUAUGACUGGUGUUAAUGGGAGUUGCUCCGCCUGCAAGCAUCCUUGCUGUUCGAGUAAGACACGUGGAACGGCAACUAAUGGUUCUAACUGUAUUGCGGGAACUAAUACUUCUAACUGGACUGCUACGGCCAUGUAG